AUGGUGGGCAUCGAUACCGUAGAAGGUCCUUAUUGCUGCUUUACCAAUGAGGCCUAUCUCAUGGAUGGACCGUGUGGCACAGUUCUCAAUCAGCACUUCAUUGACACUAUUAUACGGCGAAAUCUCCUCGUGUUCGUCGCCUUCAAUCAUUGCACGAGCCCAGGCUUGCGGGUCGUCCUUGGCGGUCGAAUCCGAGUCGGUCGCCUUGGAAACCAAGGACUUGAGGACGUCCGGAGCCUGAGGGGCGAGAGAUCGAAGCGCCUGCAUGAGGGCGAUGGUUUGAUGCUCAUCCGUCUCCUCGUUCUCGAAUUUGGUGAGCGCUUCGUAGAAGCCCUCCACGGCGUUGACGGCGUCAUUGACCUGCUUCUUGGUGAAAUCACCGUCGAGCACGAUGGAAGUCUUGCCCGUCUUGCCCGUCUGCUUGGUUGUCGCAUAAGGAUUGCGGCCAACUAA